AUGAGUCUGGAAGUACCCCCGGAGUACGCGCCACCCCCGCCGCCGAAAAAGAUAGUCCGGCCAAAGAUAACACUGCAGAUUCCUGAUGCUUCAAGUCAUGCCAGUCCACGAGGGCCGCCCACAGCCACGUCUGUUUACUGGGGACCAAAUAGAUACCAUGGAAGGCCAGCAGGCACCCCCGCUUCUCACAUCUCCGACCCACAAAACCCAUACUUUAACCCCUUCCUUCAUAUGUACCAUAACAAGGCUUCAGAAUUCAUGUUCAAGCAAUUUGAAGGUUUCAAAGAUUUUACUAUGAAUACGGCUAAAAGUGGUUUAAGUGUUGGUGAAAAGAGCGCGUUCUGGUUCUAUAAUAAGUUAAGGUUGUGGUCCAAAAAGUGGUUUACGCAUUUCUUUUUGACUAUUUGUUUGGCGCUGUACAGUUUUAUGGGAGCUGCUAUGUUUAUGGCUUUAGAAGGCCCACACGAAGAAAAUUAUGUGAAGAACAUAACGCUUGUCAGAGAAGAAAUGGCGAUGAAGAUACAUGAAUCAAUAUUUAGAAAUCACACACGAUUCCAAGACAGAAACUUCGAUAUUCUUAGUGCAAUCGUAGAAGAUCUAAAAGCCUACGAAGCGAACUACACAGAAUGCAUGAAGCAUACCAACAAUGACGGCUCCAAAAAGAAGACUUGGACCUUCUGGAACUCUUUAUUCUACGCUGGAACCAUUUACACUACAAUUGAUGUAAUGGCUUCCUUACAAGAACCUUAA